AUGAAACAAACUGGGGAAGUCUGGACCGCUCAUGAACCCGUUGUGAGCUGCGUCACGUGGGGAUCAGGCGAUACAAUUGCUUCGGGAGGUGAAGAUGGAAAAUAUAAAAUCUGGGAUCUAUUUGGACGUCUAUUGUUUCAAUCAGCAGAUCAUCAAUUCCCAAUCACUUCAAUCUCCUUUUCUCCAAAUGCCGACAGUCUACUUGUUGGAACCUUUGGCAUCGUGAAAUUCUGCGAUCCUUCUGGCAAAUCGAUCUCUUCCGUUCAACAAACGAAUCUUGGAUCGCCUUUCCGUUUUUGCUGGAGCCAAGAUAAUCUCAUCGCAGCGACUGGUACCGGAUCGGGGAAAUUAUUGAGGCUCGAUAUUGCCGGAGUAAAGGUUGAAGAUGACACGCAUCAGCUUGAGCAGAUGAAUUCGAAGGCGAUCAAAGUGACGGAAAUCGACUCGGCAACGACAGAUAUGAUUGAAACAACUGAAAGAAUAACCUCAAUAUCGACCGGAUAUAAAAAUAUCGUAAUCGGGACGACAGAACAGCUCCAAAUAUUCGUCAAGGGUCGACUUAAUACGCCUCAGCUUGUUGAACUCAAAGAGCAUACGCCUAAUCUCAUAAAGCAAACAGACCAGCUCUUUGCUGUCGUCAGUACCACAGCGAUCAUCAUUCUAACUUAUGAAGGCAGAAUACAGUCAGAGAACCGGUUCAACUUUAGUCUGACAGCGAUGAAUCUUGCACAAGUGGCGUUGAACAGUCGAUUUUGUGUCAUUGUGGACCCUAGAGAUGCAAGAAACUUGAUUGGAUUUGAGAACAUGACUGGAAAGGCCAUCAACGGAUCGGUUAAAUCGCUGGAAUCAAGUCCACUCCUUACUCAUAAAGAUAAUAUUCGCCACGUGGAGCUUCAAGCAGAUCAGCAGCUACUCUCCUUCGUAGACGAGCAAAAAGACUUGUACAUAAUGAAGCUUGGCACGCCAAAACUCGUCCCACAUCGGAUUAUGUCCAAUGUCACGGCGAUUAUGACAUCUUCGACACUUCCCGUCCUUUCUUUUCUCAAAGGCUCGCAGGUCGAGGCUCUCAUCAAUCCGGCCAUUGCGUUCGUCGAUAAUGCACUUGUUGCGCAGUCAACUGUUUCUAUUGAGGCGACUAAUUUGGGAAGGAAUCCAAGACUUUUUGCAUUUAACGAAGGUACAGUCAGUUUGAGAAAUCACGACGGAAGCGUUAUCCGUGGCAGCUUGAAUCCACUAGCAACACUUUUGAUCAAAGCCGUUAAAGAUCGAAAGCUGAGCGAAGGACUUUCUAUUUGCCGCUUUGCUGCUGAUAAGUCUUUAUGGAUGACAUUGAGUGGUUUUGCUUUGGAGCAUAACCAAACUGAAGUGCUGGCCGAGUGCUACAAAGCGCUUGGAAAAGUGGAUAGAGUUAGACAAAUUAACAGAGCUAAUGAAACUAGUGACAAGACUCUUCAAGUUAUUGAACUCAAAGCGCUUGGAAAUGAACCAGAGACAAUGGACGUACUUGCCAAAAGAAGUGAGCUUACAGAUACUCUUCCGCUGUUAUUUGCUAAAUGCGCAUGGAAGGAAGCACUGGAUCUGGCCAUCAAAAAAGGCAGUCACAUUGACACUGUACUUUACUUUCGUUCGCACUACCUGAAAUCAAAUGAGAAGGAAGAAGACAUUGAAAAAUUCCGCGAGAUGAAUCAAAAGAUCGACGUCUCCUGGGAAGACAUCAAGGCCAAAUAUCCAAUGACUGCUUGA